AUCUUAACUUCACCGAUGGCCGAUUACUGGAAAUCUCAGCCAAAAAAAUUCUGCGAUUACUGCAAGUGCUGGAUAGCAGACAACAGACCUAGCAUUGAUUUUCAUGAAAGAGGAAAGAAUCAUAAAGAAAAUGUGGCAAAAAGAAUUAGUGAGAUUAAAAAGAAAAGCUUGGAAAAAGCAAAAGAAGAAGAAAACAUGUCAAAAGAAUUUGCAGCAAUGGAGGAGGCUGCAAUGAAAGCAUAUCAAGAGGACAUGAAAAGGCUUGGAAUUAAGCCAGAUGAGGUAGGUCCCAGUUCGACACAGAAUAAACCACAGAGUAACACAGUGGAAACAAAAGAAAAGAAAGAGAAGAAGGAAAAGAAGGAGAAGAAAGAAAAGAAAAAAAAGACAUCUCAGGACAACUCAAAAACUGAAACGAAGGAGUGGGUGCAAGGAUUUUCUCCCGAAGGCUAUACAUAUUACUACAACACAAAAACAGGAGAAUCCCAGUGGGAGAAGCCUAAAGGAUUCCAAGGCAACUCUCAAAACUCACAAACGGGAGCAGAGUGGGUAGAAGGUGUCACUGAAGAUGGCCAUACCUAUUACUAUAACACACAAACAGGAGUAUCCACAUGGGAGAAACCGGCUGGUUUUGUUUCAUCUUCAAAACAAGACAAGGAUUCUGAAGAAACAGAUUCCAAAGCGUCUGAAUCGGACUCGGAAGACAGUGAAAAUGAAGCACAGAGCUCAGAAAGGAAUUUCAAGAGGAAAGGAGAUAAUGGUGAAGAAUCUGAGGAAGGGAAAAAGUCUUCCAAAGCUAAAAAGUUAAGUCCUUAUGGAAAAUGGCGAGAAGUUAAGUCAGAAGAAACAGCUGAUAAAGAGGAGAGUUCAUCAGCUUCCCAAGAAAGCUCUGGUGAUGCUAACAAGACCAACCCGUAUGGAAAAUGGAAAGCAAUUAAGCAAGAAGGAGAAGAUGAAGAAGAAGAAGGAGGUGAAAAAGUGGACCUGGAGCUUCCUAGUACAGAGAGUGACAGUAUUCCAGCCCCAGUGCUAGAUGUUGCAGAAGAUGAGCCAGUGAUAUUCAAAGAGAAGACAGUCACUUCCCUUGGAGACAUGACAGAAGGGGUGCCGACUUUUAAGAAGAGGAAAUUUGAAAAUGGAAAAUCUAGAAACUUAAGACAAAGACUCAGUGAUCAGUAAUAAUUAACAAAUCAUUUUAGAUUGUCUUUAAGCUAGAGUGAAUCAAAAGUUUAAUAUUUUAAACAGGCUUUUAUAAAGAAAAUGUUGGAUAGAAAUUAAGGAUUUAUAGCUAUUAAAACGUGUGAGUUGUAAUAUUUUUUUAUUUUAUUUUGAUGUGAUUGACUUUGGAAUGGAAGUUGGUGUUAUAUUACUUAUGCAAUAUUGUAAAUACAUUUAUUUUUUAUUUUAACCAUGCCAUCUAAGUUUGCUUUGCUCUGUGUAUGCUGUUUUAAAUACAUUGUGUAAGGUUUUUUACUCCUUUUCUAAGUAUGGGAGAAUGUGGUGAUCCUUAAUCUGGCAAAAAUGAUGCAGACCUUUCCUUUUUACAGAGGAAAUGGAUCAAUGGAAUGUACUAGAGAGUAAAAUCAUCCUCCAAAGUUUGUUUAGGUGGAGUAGUUUCCCAGUUAAUGAGUAAAAAUAUUGUGAUUACUAACCUUGGGCUAAUUGCUUGCAAAAGAGCAGGUGGUGAGAGUGCCAACAUUUUAAAUAGGCCAUUUGAAAGCUGCUUUUAGAGGAGUUACUCACAUCGGUGCCACUCAUUCCAAGUAACAUUCCGAAAUAAAUUGGUUGUGUCUGUGCAUGAUGAGUGUAUUAAACCUCUGCAGAAGAUUUAAA